CCGUCCGGGCCGCGGGGUCCGAGCGAGCGACAGCGGCGCCCCAGGAGACCCCACCGGCGAGUCGGUGUCCGCAGCGUCGCUUCCUCCCACGCUGAGGUCGAGAGGGAGCUUGGGGAGGAGGCUCCCUGGGAAACCUCCGGUCCGGAUGAGGCCUGCGUCCCGUGUUUACUGGAAGACCUCCUACAGUGACUUGGGAUUGUCACUGUGCUGGCCUUGACCCUUCACCUGCUUCCGGAAAGUGUCGGAGGCUGCUGACGUCCAACACAGGUGGAAAUCAGCCCCCACCCCACCCACUUGCAGGAGACGGCGAGGAGCCUCCGUCCCCGGAAACUCUCUCUAGGGCUGAGAUCUCUUUAAUGAUGGAGGGAAGCAGGCAGACUCGGGUGUCUCGGCCAUACAAGAUCAGCGAAUCAUCAAAGGUGUACCGCUGGGCCGACCACUCAACCACCGUGCUGCAGCGGCUGAACGAGCAGCGUCUCCGCGGCCUCUUCUGCGACAUCGUCCUGGUGGCCGAUGAGCAGCGCGUGCCAGCCCACCGUAACCUGCUGGCCGUGUGCAGCGACUACUUCAACUCCAUGUUUACCAUCGGCAUGCGGGAAGCUUUCCAGAAGGAGGUGGAGCUGAUCGGCGCCUCCUACAUCGGGCUCAAAGCCGUGGUGGACUUCCUGUAUGGCGGGGAGCUGGUGCUGGACGGCGGCAACAUUGACUAUGUCCUGGAGACGGCCCACCUGCUGCAGAUCUGGACGGUGGUGGACUUCUGCUGUGAGUACCUGGAGCAGGAGGUGAGCGAGGACAACUACCUGUACCUGCAGGAGCUGGCCUCCAUCUACAGCCUGAAGCGGCUGGACGCCUUCAUCGACGGCUUCAUCCUGAACCACUUUGGCACGCUGUCCUUCACGCCCGACUUCCUGCAGAAUGUCUCCAUGCAGAAGCUGUGUGUCUACCUGAGCAGCAGCGAGGUGCAGCGGGAGUGUGAGCACGACCUCCUGCAGGCCGCCCUGCAGUGGCUGACGCAGCAGCCGGAGCGCGAGGCCCACGCCCGCCAGGUGCUGGAGAACAUCCACUUCCCGCUCAUCCCCAAGAACGACCUCCUGCACCGCGUCAAGCCGGCCGUGUGCUCGCUGCUGCCCAAGGAGGCCAACUGCGAGGGCUUCAUCGAGGAGGCCUUGCGCUACCACAACAACGUGGCGGCCCAGCCCGUCAUGCAGACCAAGCGCACGGCGCUGCGCACCAACCAGGAGCGCCUGCUGUUCGUGGGCGGCGAGGUCUCCGAGGGGUGUCUGGAGCUCAGUGACGACACCUGCUACCUGGACGCCAAGAGCGAGCAAUGGGUCAAGGAGACGCCGCUGCCCGCCCGGCGGAGCCACCACUGUGUGGCGGUGCUGGGGGGCUUCAUCUUCAUCGCCGGCGGCAGCUUCUCACGGGACAACGGAGGGGAUGCAGCCUCCAAUCUUCUUUAUAGGUAUGACCCCCGCUGUAAACAGUGGAUCAAGGUGGCCUUCAUGAACCAGCGCCGCGUGGAUUUCUACCUUGCCUCCAUCGAAGACAUGCUUGUGGCCGUCGGUGGCCGGAAUGAGAACGGAGCACUGUCUUCAGUAGAGACGUACAGUCCCAAGACUGACUCCUGGUCCUAUGUGGCCGGCUUGCCAAGGUUCACAUACGGCCACGCAGGCACCAUCUACAAAGACUUUGUGUACAUCUCAGGGGGCCACGACUACCAAAUCGGCCCCUACCGCAAGAACCUGCUGUGCUACGACCACCGGACGGACGUGUGGGAGGAGCGGCGGCCCAUGACCACGGCACGUGGCUGGCACAGCAUGUGCAGCCUGGGCGACAGCAUCUAUUCCAUCGGGGGCAGUGACGACAACAUCGAGUCCAUGGAACGCUUCGACGUGCUGGGCGUGGAGGCCUACAGCCCGCAGUGCAACCAGUGGACCCGCGUGGCACCGCUGCUGCACGCCAACAGCGAGUCGGGCGUGGCAGUGUGGGAGGGCCGCAUCUACAUCCUGGGCGGCUACAGCUGGGAGAACACUGCCUUCUCCAAGACCGUGCAGGUGUACGACCGCGAGGCUGACAAGUGGAGCAGGGGCGUCGACCUGCCCAAGGCCAUCGCCGGCGGAUCCGCCUGUGUCUGCGCCCUAGAGCCGCGGCCGGAGGACAAGAAGAAAAAAGGCAAAGGCAAGAGGCCCCAGGAUCGGGGCCAGUGACCCCGUCGUCACCUCCCAGGCCCCUGUAGACCAGCAGCGACUUCUUAGAAUUCCGGAAACAUUACGUACAACUUAGCAGCUUUUUUUACUUUUAUGAUUCUUGGUAUUUCUAUGAUAUCACAGUAACCAAUUAAAUACUAUCUAUAACUUCACAUAAUCUUGCUCGAAUAACUAACCCUGGGCCCAGGCAGUGAGUAACCCCCUUGUACCUUUGCAGGUCUUUGUCCCAUGUUGCCAUUCCUCGUUGGGUCCUUGCUCACCAUCCCCCUGAGAGUAGCUGGCACUUGGGUUACUCAGAAUUUUUUGUAGUGAAGCUUGCGGCCUCAAAGGGCUAUAUAUCUUAGAUCACCUAGUCCAAGCCUCCCCAGACCUGGCUCAGCUUUUAAGAAUACUGAUUCCUGAGCCCCCUCAGAAUUAUGGAAUCCAGAACCACGAGGAGCAGGGAUGGGCCGUUAAAAUACAGCCCAGAAACUGUAUUUUAACUGGUUCUUGGAAUUCUGGGCAUCAGCCACAUCUGGGAAUCACCAGCAAAGUCAGGUGUGUUUGUUUUAUGAGUGAGAGCACAGAGACUCCCAGGAGCGUGGGUGGGUGGGUGGGUGAGGGAGUGAGUCAGUGACGGGGGCCACGAAGCUCCCUGGACCGUCACGUGAGCUGUGGCAACUUCCCAGCAGGGCGCCAUUCUCCAUAGCAGGUGAACGUUGCUUCUGAAUAAUUCCAGCUUUCCUCAUUGGAAACCUUGAAUUCUAAAAGGUUACAGGCAACCAAGAGUGAAAAUAGGUGUGAAGCUCUUUAUAAAUGUUACUCUGUAAUUGGUGUAUUCUUUUCCUUUGGCUUUCUUUCUUUCUUUUUUUCUGAUCUCACUAUCUUGUAUUACUGAUGUACUCAGCUCCCCAAAUCUGUUUAUUUCUCAGCAAAGAAAAAGUGAUCGCUACAGAAUUUGUGAUUGUUCUCUGACUUUAUCUUGAGGCACUGUGUGGACCCCUGAGAAGGCAGUGGAGGUCUCCCCCCAACUCCCACGCCAGGUCUCGCCCCAGUUUUCUGCUGCUAAGUAGUUUCACGCUGCUGGGCAAAUUCUUGAAAAAAUAGACCUGUUUCCUCGUUCAUCCCCCUUGGCCACAGGGUUAGAUGAAAUACCCUCCAGGCUCCUCAGGGCGUCAGGGCUCCUCGACUCUGAGCUGUUCAUACCCUGAUGGCGUCCCUUUUAGGGUGCACUGACUCCUAGAGCUAGUAUCUGUGUCGCUUGCCCUUUAGGAGGGCUCUGGGCUGCCCGAGCGGAUGAGAAAUGCGCAGAACUGUGGGAGGUUAGGAGUGUGGUGCGUUUUAAGCAUGGGCCAAGGAAGGCGUGAAUCAGCUGAAGGCAGAGAUCAGAAAACCUCAGGAUGUGCUUCAUCUUCAUUCCCAGUCUAACACGUCUUCCUGCAGACAGCUCUGGGAGCAGGUAUCAAUGUCUCUUGCCCUUUAAGAGUGCUUUCAGCUGGCCAAGUGGAUGAGGAUCAAGUGUUCAGAUUGAUACUAGACAAGGAAAAACGUUAACAUUUAUUUCCGUUUCUUCUGCUUCUUUACUGCACCCGCUUUCCCGUCUCUACAGGGUUUACUGUGUUUCCAUUGGUCUGUUUCUGUAGCCUUACAGGAGAGAUGAGAGCAUUUGGGGGACCGAAAGCUUCGAUAGCCAAGUGCCUGCCCUCCGUUGCGAGUGAGGUGAGCAGUCUGCAUAUUUUGCUAGCUAGUCAUUUGCAUGUGACGUCCCUGGAGGCGCACAGACUAUUGAGAGGUUCUGCAAGGCGUACAAACAAAGCCAAAAGCUGUGAGCUCUGGAGCUCUGCAGCGCUGCUGUGUGAAAGGCUCUGAGAAGUCCUGCAUUCAUUUACCCUUCCAUUAACCCAGCAUUGCCAAACUUCUUGGAGCCUGAAACUCUUUUUUGUCUCAUAUCUAGUCCCAGGCCCCCACAAAACAUGUUUUGCAGAACUGCCAACUGUGGGAUAGCCCACCUCCUUCCUAUUCUGGAAAGGUUUUACUGCUUGAAGUCCCUCAGAAGGCAGGGGAGUGGUGCACACAGUCUCCUCCCCCGCUCAGCCUAGGUUAUGAACAAAUGGGUGGUGGUUUGACCUGAAUCUCGGGCCGCUGGGGAAAGCACAUAGAAAGACUCCGUGAGUGAUUUGAGGAGAGGAUAGCUUUGAUCCUGGGGAGCGGAGAGCCGCUGGUUUUUAGCCUAAGCCAGCUCUUCUGUGUUUUGCUUCUGGGACUUGUCCCUGGAGAUGUGUGAACUGCUGGCUCCCAUUCUGAUUCUCUUGUGCCUCAUGGGUUACAUGUGACAUCCUGUGCCUAAAAUUUUAUGGUCUCUCCUGAGACUGUUAAGGGGGUUUAUAAUUUACAUGGCCUGGAAUCUAAUAUGAAUAGGGCUGGGAGCGCUCCUUAGGAGAAUAAACCAGUUUCGUCUUGUGGGCCAACUUUCAAUAUUUGUUGGUGACUACACUGUAACAAGAAAGGUUUUUGAGCUUGUUGGGGUCAAUAGAUGGGCACAAGAGUGCCACGUGUACCUGGGGCAGGGUUUUGUUACUUGUGUUUGUAAGUUGAAAAGUCACUCUGCUGUGCAGUCUAACUGAAAAUGGACGAGACCACGCUUGGGCAGCAUGGCAAAAUCCCAUCUCCACAAAAAAAUAUAUAUAUAAAAGGUUAGCCAGGGAUGGCGGGACAUGCGGCAGUCCCAGCUACUUGGGAGACUGACGGGGGAGGAUCACCUGAGCCUGGGAGGUUGAGGCUGCAGUGAGCCACGUCAUACCACUGCACUCCAACCUGGGUGACAAAGUGAGACCCUGUCUCAAAAAAAUAAAACGGUGCUUAACUCCGACGGGCAGAGUUUGGGCUGUACCUAUGCAGGGGCCAUUUGAACUGCACAGUCACGAUAGCAGGCCUUCAAACCAGAGUGACGAAGGCACAGGCUCCUGCAGGCUACCAUUUGUAGAUGGGAAGAGCCACGCGUGUCACCGUGUUGUUAAACCGUCCCUGCUUCAGGCUGCUCUGCGGGAAUGUUGAGGACACCUGUAUCUUUGUUAUUUUUUUAAAUCUUUCAAAAUACGCCUGGCAGGCUUCUGUUUAGGUUUGGGCUUUUCUCAUUUCUCAAGAAUUAAAGUUGUAACUUCAUGUGAGUUGCAAGUUUGGGGUUUGGUCCUUACCCAAGUUGGAAAGCUGUUUGCUUAAGACAUAAAUGUGUCACCCUAACAGAAGGGAGAGAGUUACAGCUGAUGAACCCUUGUUGCUUAUAGAGAUCUUUCUGCUGUUUAAAAUGCACAGAGAUUAUUUUAUCAACUUACUGUACUUGGCAUGAAAUUGGUAUUUUUAUCCUUCUGCCAUUUUAUUGAGGCUACCAAGUGGGACUUCAGACCUUGCUCUGAGCAGAACCACGUGUAUAUUUUUACUGAGUGCCCCACUCAUGAUAAAGUGACCUCAUGGAGACCCGAAAACUAACCCUUAGGGGUGUUCAGCUUUCAGGUGGGCACGCAAAUGAUGAGGGGGAAGUGGGGUUCAUCCUCUGAGGUCCAGGGUCCUACUUUGUGAGCUCAGGUGUGUUCACCUGUGGUUCAGUGUACCUUGGCUCCUAAGCCAAGUGACCGUUCAGUGACUUGCAGCAAUUGGGAAGUGAAAGGACCUCUGCCGCCACCAACCUUCGUCCUUCACCCUAGUUCUCCGUGGUAUAGCAGCAUCUCACGAGCCUUGUGGCUCUCAGAGUUUGUGGCUGGAGCCCGCCCACUGGUUCCCAAACCUGGAGAGGCAGGUGCAGAUGAGGUUUGGACCUCCUGUGUCUCCAUGGACUCUCAGUGCCUGGGAGGGGAGGGAAGGGCGUGGCAUCCUGGCCUCCAGGAUAAAUGCCUGGAGUAUAGGGCAGCGCCGUGGGCAUGUGCAGACCCUGUCCUGUGCCUCUGCCAAGCCUGGCAGUUUUAAGAGUUUUUUGAAAUGUUUUGAUACUUUUUGAUACAAUUCGCUAAUAACUGUUUUGUAGAAUGCCUGCCGGGGUUUUCCACCUCAUCCCCUUCCUCCAGCCCCUUGAUUUGUGCUGGACAACAAAUGGCCAGUGGUCUGCACUAGGACCUCGCCUCCUGUGGCUUUGUCUUGGAUCUUGCCCUUUGUUGCUGAUCCAGUACAGCUCUAGAAUGUCCUGAAUUUGCAUGCAAAGUCGCAUGCGGCCGAUGGGUAUAACUGUCUCAGACCCUCAGCUGAUUUGCUGAGAGGAAACCUUAACUCCCUUGAGAGGGUCUGGGUUUCUUCCAAAGCUCCUACCUCAGUGGUGUGCACAGAGUUGGAGAGACACCUGAGGGCUGGUCCAUGUGUCACCUUUGCCAUACGGGUCAUUUCUUGAUCAAAUAUAUGACUGGGGUCCUGGUUUACUCCCGUCCACCCUUUCUUUUAAAGUAUUCUUAACAUGAAAUCCACAAAAGCAGAAACAGUGAACCAUUCUUGCACUUUACAGAAUCAUUGUCUUUAGCUUUAGAAGUUGUUAAUUUCUUCUUGUUGUUUUUAACAUGAAUAGUAUGUGUGGCUUCAGAAGGUGUGGGGGGGGUCUCAAGAAAUUGUCCUUUGCAUCUGGGCGCAGUGGCUCAUACCUGUAAUCCCAGCACUUAGGGAGGCCGAUACGGGUGGUUCACCUGAGGUCAGGAGUUUGAGACCAGCCUGACCAACAUGGUGAAAACCUGUCUCUACUAAAGUACAGACAUUAGUCGUUCCUGGUGAUGGGCGCCUGUCAUCUCACUACCCGGGAGGCUGAGAAAGGAGAAUCGCUUGAGCCCAAGAGGUGGAGGUUGCAGUGAGCUGAGAUCGCGCCACUGCACUCCAGCGUGGGUGAGAGCGAGACUGUCUCAGAAAAAGAAAAGAAAAGAAAUUGUCCUUUGGUUGCCUUAGUUACUAGAGUUGAAUCAAUGUACACAUUUGGUAUUGGGGAACGGCGGGGCAGGGGGAGCAGAGCAGAUAGAUAACCCCCUUCCUUGUCUAUUUCCUUUGAGAAAAGAGACUCCACCUUUUCCAAGUGACUUAAAGCCAUCUUUACAGAUAGCUUGUAAUGUAAGCAAGGAGUCAUGUCCUUUGGAGGGAUUGAGGUUAAAUCAUCAACCACAAGCCCCCUUUCAAAAUCAACGAGAUAGUUGAUGAUUGUGAUUAAUUGGGUAUGUUCUGACUGCCGACGUCACUGAAAUCUGCCUUCGUGUGUGUUUUUUAAUUUGUUGCUUCUGUAUUUCUGAUUUUAUGACAUUCGAAGUUAUUCUGUGUCUUAACUCUUUUUAAUUAAUUUUCUGCACGUUGCUUUUUUUCUGUUUUUAAUUCCAUACAGAGUAUUCAAUUCUUGAAACACAUUAAAAUAAUCUGCUUGCUAGA